AUGAUCUCGUCAAGAAAAUAUAAACGAUGUGGUUUAGGAGCUGCAUUGUUCAUUGCCUAUAUCUUCUUCUUCUUGAUCUCUCUCAUGUCUUUACACUACGUAUCUGCAGGUCAUGAUCAUAAACAAAAGGCGAAGGAACCGGUUCAGGGUUCAGAGCCUCCCGAGUGUGCGAACAAGUGCCUGAACUGCAAGCCUUGUCUUCCUUAUCUAUUUGACAUUCAUGAUCAUGGUGCUCAUCAUGAUGAUGAUGAUUAUAGUGAAACAUAUUAUCCCGUAAGGUGGGUGUGUAGAUGUAGCGACAGAGUAUUUGAACCGUGAGAAUAGUUUCAAGAAUUAAAACAUUAUGUAAGCGUGUUGCUUCUCAUGGAUUCAUAUUUGAUGGUUUUUUUGCUUUUUUCUUUUUGUC